AUGCUCACCCUGGAGCAGCGCCUGAACAGUUUCGUGCGCUGUGCCGCCAAGCAUGGCAACCUGGAGGCGCUGGCCCCCAUCCGCCGCGCCGCCUUCUACAACUUCCUGGACUGCGGCAUCCGCGCCACCAAGCACGCCAGGGGCCCCGCCACCACCGCCCAGCUGGCGGCCAUCUAUUUUGGGAGCAACGCGCGGCGCGUGCUGGAGCUGAAGCGGCGCUGGGACCCCGCCAACCGCCUGGGCAUGUUCUGCGGCUGA